CUUUGACUUUCUCCCCAGUGCCUUGUCGGGUCCGGAGUCCGGGGUUGUCCCUUGUCCUCAUCUGAUCGCUGUUGCGGGGGGAGCCAUGGUGAGGACGCAGAUGCCCUGGAAUCAGGACACGGCCGAGGACCCGGGUUGAAGAGACAUCUGUCAUUACAGGGGUCUAUAUCAUUUGAGGAUGUAGCUGUGGACUUCACCUGGGAUGAAUGGCAAGAUCUGGAUGCUGCACAGAGGGCCCUCUACAGAGAUGUGAUGAUGGAGAACUACAGCAGCCUGGUGUUCUUGGAGCAUUGCAUGACCAAACCUGAGUUAAUCUUCAAGUUGGAGCAUGGAUUUGGGCCAUGGAGUGUAUCAGAAGCCUCUGUCCAGAGCCUCCCAGAUACUCAUAAAGUGACUCCCAUGAUGGAAACUACCCAGGAAAAUGACAAUUUGUGGCAAGUUGGAAUCACUAAUAAUAAUACAUUCAAUGAAGAGAUUGUUGAAGCAGACCUAAGAGGGCAACAGACAAUCCAACAGAGAAAAUCCUAUGAAGGCAAAAGAUGUGUGAAGAUGUUUUACCAGAAGUUACUCCACAACAGAAAUCAGGUGUCUCACACAUGUGAGAAGCCAGAUGAGUCUCCAGAAUGUGCGAAAGUUUACUACAAUUUACAACUCACUCAGCAUCAGACCACUCAUACAAAUGAGAAGCUCCAUGAAUGUAUGGAAUGUGGGAAAGCAUUCUACAAGUCGAAUUUUGGUGAACAUCAGAAAAUACAUAUAGGUGAGAAGCCAUAUCAAUGUACAGAAUGCAAAAAAGCUCCCUCCUACAAGUCAAACCUCACUCAACAUCAUAUAACUCAUAGAGAUGAGAUGCCCUAUGAAUAUAAUCAGUGCAAAAUAGUGUUCCAUAGCAAGUCUGAGUUCACUGUGCAUCAGCAAACUCAUACAGGCGAGAAGCCCUAUCAAUGUACAGAAUGUGGGAAAGCUUUCAGCUGCAAGUCAAAGCUUAUUGUGCACCAGAGAACUCAUACAGGUGAGAAGCCCUAUCAUUGUACUGUGUGUGGGAAAGCCUUCUGUACCAAGUCUGAGCUCACUGUGCAUCAAAGAACACAUGUAAGUAAGAAGCCUUAUGAAUGUAAACACUGUGAGAAAACCUUCUGCACAAUGUCUGCUCUCAAUGUGCAUCAAAGAACUCAUACAGGGGAUAGGCCCUAUCCAUGUACAGAGUGUGGGAAAGCCUUCUGCCGCAAGACUGACCUCACUGUGCAUCAAAGAACUCAUACUGGGGAGAAGCCCUAUGAAUGUAAAGAGUGUGGAAAAGCCUUCUCCAGCAAAUCUGAUCUCGCUACGCAUUUGAGAAUUCAUACAGGUGUGAAGCCAUAUGUGUGUGAGCAGUGUGGAAAAGCCUUCUACACCAAAUCUGACCGUACAGUACAUCAAAGAAUUCAUACAGGGGAGAAACCCUAUGAAUGUAAAGAGUGUGGAAAAGCCUUCUGUACAAUGUUUGCACUCAUUGUGCAUCAAAGAACUCAUACAGGGGAGAAGCCCUAUGAAUGUAAACAGUGUGGGAAAACCUUCUGCACAGUGUCUGCUCUUAGUGUGCAUCAAAGAACUCAUACUGGGGAGAAGCCCUAUCAGUGUGCAGAAUGUGGGAAAUCCUUCUGUCGCAAAUUUGCCCUUACUGUGCAUCAAAGAAUUCAUACAGGCGAGAAGCCCUAUGAGUGCAUGCAGUGUGGUAAAGCCUUCUCUUCAACGUCUGCUCGCAGAGUGCAUCAAAGAACUCAUACAGGGGAGAGACCCUAUCAAUGUACAGAAUGUGAGAAAGCCUUCCGCAAAAUGUAUGCUCUUAGGGUUCAUCAAAGAACCCAUACAGGUGAGAAACCCUACGAGUGUAAACAGUGUGGGAAAGUCUUCGCCAGAAAGUUUAGGUUCACUGUGCACCAAAGAACUCAUACAGGUGAGAAGCCCUAUGAGUGUAAACAGUGUGGAAAAGCAGUCUCCAAUAAAUUGGAACUCACUGAGCAUCAAAGUACUCAUAUAGAGAACCCCUUUGAAUGUCAUCAGCCUUGCCAAGACUUCCCCAGCAAAUCUGAUCUCACUGAGUGUCUGAGAAUUCAUACAGAUGAGAAGCCCUUUGAAUGUAAACUGUUGAAAAGCCUUCUGCAGAAUGUCUGCUCUCAGGGUAAAUUAGUGAAUUCAUACAAGUGAGACACUUAUCAAUGCACAAAAUAUGGGAAAGAAUCAAUUCAUAACUCAGAAAUCAGAUACCAUGUAAAUACAGAAAUGUAGGAAGCAAAUUUGAGCUCACUUUGUAUCAGAGAAUUUAUUGGGUGAGAAAGCUAUGUGAAAGAGCCUUCUUUAGUAAGUCUGAGCUAACUGCAUCAAAGAACUCAUAGAGGUGAGAGACUCCAUAAUUCUUACCAGUGUGUAAAAGCCUACACAAUCUCUGCUUACAAGUGUACCACAGAACUCACGGAGGUGAGAACUCUGGUCAAUUUACAUGAUGUGGUAUUUUCCUGCAGGUAUAAACUCAUCAUCAGAUAACUCAUAGGAGUCAUAAGCCAUACUAAUUUACAGAAUAUAGGAGAUGUUUCUGUUCUGAGAAUGUAAUUGCUUGUAGAGAACUCAUGCAGGUGAGAGUCCCUAUGAUUCUAAGCAGUGUAGAAAAUCCUUUUAGAGGAAGUUUCUUACUGCAGAGAACUCACAAAAUGGGGAAACUCUAUGGUUGUGAACAGUGGGGGAAAUUCUGCAGCAAGUCUGCACUCACUGUGCAUGAGAAAACUCAGGUGAGAGGCUCUAUGGGUAUAAA